AAAAGCAGAGACAAGCUGGCCGGGAGUGGUGUCGGCGCCCAUAGUCCCACCUGCUCGGGAGGCUCAGGCAGGAGGCUCUCUCGGGCCCAGGAGUUACGGUCGCCGUGAGCUGUGACGCCGCAGCACUCUGCCCAGGUCGCCCGAGUGAGACUCACGGAACGCGCCGACCCCACCCCUCAUUGGGGUUUCCUUCUUCCUCACUCGACACGCCCGCCCCGGCGACUAGUCUGGAAACGGCGCCCCCGGGCCGGCGCCCGCACCGGCUGUCCGCACCCUCCGAGCGCUCGAGGCCGGGGCUGCGGGGCGCCGCCCGCUUCCGGCCAGGCGGUUCCUCCGCGAAAGCCGCGAGCGCUUGCGGACCCCGGGGCCGGGCGUGGGGACGAGCGCGCCGCCCGCUCUUGCAGAGUGCCCGACCGCCACGAAGCGACUGCCACGUCAGGACAACUUCACAAAACCCGGACGAGAGCGGGUGACGCAAGCCAGGGCCGCGGAGGGGCUGGGUCCGAGGCCAGGCCAGGAGGCUGACCUCAGCCCGGGCGCCCGGUUCCGCGACGCCCCGGCCGGCGCCGGCGCCUGCCCGGCUCUCAGCGAGGCGGGGGAGCAGGAGGAGGCGGCCCGCCGGGAAGCCCGCGCCUCGCCCGCACCCUCCGCGCCGCGUUCGCAGUCCGGGCUGCACUGGCCGGUGUCUGCGGGGCUCUCUGGCCAGGCCCCGUGUGCCCGGCCCGCGCCGAGAACCGGGCAGCGGCGGUGCGGAGAGGAGGUGGCAGGAGGCCGCGAGGCCGGAGCCGGGCCGGCGCCCUGCCAUGGAGGCCCGCUACAACCUGAAGAGUCCGGCUGUUAAACGUUUAAUGAAAGAAGCGGCAGAAUUGAAAGAUCCAACAGACCAUUACCAUGCACAGCCUUUAGAGGAUAACCUUUUUGAGUGGCAUUUCACAGUUAGAGGGCCCCCAGAUUCUGAUUUUGAUGGAGGAGUUUAUCAUGGGCGGAUAGUACUGCCACCAGAAUAUCCCAUGAAACCACCGAGCAUUAUUCUCCUAACGGCUAAUGGACGAUUUGAAGUGGGCAAGAAAAUCUGUUUGAGCAUCUCAGGACAUCAUCCUGAAACUUGGCAGCCAUCAUGGAGUAUAAGGACAGCGUUAUUAGCCAUCAUUGGGUUUAUGCCAACAAAAGGAGAAGGCGCCAUAGGCUCUCUCGAUUACACUCCCGAGGAAAGACGAGCACUUGCCAAAAAGGCAGAAGUCAAUUCAUCUGGAAAAACUAUUGCUGAGUCAGAAUUAAACCACUCUUUUUCACUAAAUGACUUACAAGAUGAUAUACCUACAGCAUUCCAGGGUGCUACAGCUGGUACAUCGUAUGCAGUCCAGAAUCCCUCAGGAGCAUCCUUUCAACAAGCUACCCAACCUGUAGCUAAGAAUACCUCCAUGAGCCCUCGGCAGCGCCGGGCCCAGCAGCAGAGUCAAAGACGAUCAUCGACUUCACCAGAUGUAACCCAGGGCCAGCAGCCGAGAGAUAAUCAUACCGAUCAUGGCGGGUCAGCCGUACUGAUUGUCAUCCUGACUUUGGCAUUGGCAGCUCUUAUAUUCCGACGGAUAUAUCUGGCCAAUGAGUACAUAUUUGACUUUGAGUUAUAAUAUUGUUUGUGACUUAAGAGCUGUGACUGAACUGCUUCAUUAAAUAUUCUGCAUUGGGUAUAAUCUUAAGAAUUGUUUACAAAAAGAUUAUUUUGUAUUUACCAUUCAUUCCUUUUUAUGACCCUUAGAAGUUAAGUAUAAAAUACAGCUAGACAUUAAGACUGUCCAGCAUCGUGUCCAGCUUGCUUUAAGGGACUGGAAGUCAAGGUUCCUUGUCUUGCUAUUUGAUCUGCUUUACAGAGAAAUAAUUUAUUGUUGCUUCUCAAGCCUUAGCUUCUUUUUAUGUAAAUUUGUGCACUUCUCUGUAUAGCCCUUGGAAAUUUUUGGAUAAAAGAUGAUGUUUUAAGUUCCAAUGCUAUUACUGCUCAGUACCACUUACUGAGUACUCUGCUUCUACUUACGUAGAAUGAUCACAGGGAUAGACAAGUGGAAAGGGGAAAGCCAAACUCAGAAGAGACACACUGGUAUUGUCCAUUCUGUAACUUUAUGUCCUGACAUUCUUCAGUAAAAGUAACUUUAUUUCAGUGAAAUGUAUGAGGAAAUGAAAAAUGAGAUCACAUCUUUGUUAUUGGCUUUUAUUUGAAGAGCGAAUACUUUGAUAUAUUCUUAUCCCCCUCUUCAGUACACACACAAAUUUGAAAAGAAAGAAAACCACCAUAGAUCUUUGUUUUAAGGAAGAAAAGGGUCCAUACCAAGAAAUCACUUGGUUUUCCCAAAGUAGGAAGAUCUUAAGAUUUGAAUGUUUGCUCUGCUUUGAAUUAUAUAUCUUUGAGGUGUAUUAUAUGCUUAGCUUUGUAAUCACUAUAAAUUUUAAUUCCAAAAAUAUGCAUAAUGUUAAAAUAUUUCAUAUACCAUCUUAAUAGAAAAGCUCAGGGCCCAAGUAACAGUGAUAGAAGGUAGAAAGACCUUUACCUGGAGUUGUCCACCUAAUUAAAUAAGCCCAAGAUAGAAUUUUCAGAGGAAAAAUCAAUAUCUAACUUACUCCUAGCUAGCUCCACAGUCUCUAUCUAGUAGGUAAUCUUGUCCUCAUAUUGCCUGGUGAGGCUGUAUAAU